CUCCGCCGCUGGGCCGGCACUUUCUUUCCAAUUUGCGGCGCAAGUUCUGCGGUGCCGGGAGCCUCCCUCGCGAUCUGACCGCCGGGACUGCCCGGAGUGCAUGGGCGCGGGCCGGGGGCGCUGAGCGGCCGCGCCAUGGAGGGCGCCGAGCUCCGCGCGCGGCCGGAGCUCCUGGCCGAGGCCGAGACGCGGGCGGCCGACGGCGGGCGCCUGGUGGAGGUGCAGCUGAGCGGCGGCGCCCCGUGGGGCUUCACCCUGAAGGGCGGCCGCGAGCACGGCGAGCCGCUGGUCAUCACCAAGAUUGAAGAGGGCAGUAAAGCCGCGGCGGUCGACAAGUUACUGGCUGGAGACGAGAUCGUCAGCAUCAAUGACAUUGGUCUCUCAGGGUUUAGACAGGAAGCGAUUUGCCUGGUGAAGGGGUCCCAUAAGACCCUGAAGCUGGUCGUUAAAAGGAGGAGCGAGCUGGGCUGGAGGCCUCACUCCUGGCAUGCCACCAAGUUCUCUGACAGCCACCGUGAGCUAGCGGUCUCCCCAUUCCCCUCCGCCAGCGGCUGCCCUUCCUGGUCCGGCCGACACCACGCAAGUUCUUCCUCCCAUGACCUGUCCAGUUCCUGGGAACAGACGAACCUACAGCGAACCUUAGACCACUGCAGCUCCCUGGGGAGUGUUGACAGCCUGGACCACCCCUCCGAUCGCCUCUCGGCGGCCAAGUCCAACAGCAGCAUCGACCACCUGGGCGCCCACAGCAAGCGCGACUCAGCCUAUGGCUCCUUCUCUACCAGCUCCAGCACUCCCGACCACACCUUGUCCAAGGCCGACACCUCCUCCGCAGAGAACAUCCUCUGCAGCGUGGGCCUCUGGGAGGCUCCCAGGCAGGGUGGCCGGCAGGCUCAGGCCGCAGGAGACCAUCAGGGCUUGGAGGAGAAGCCCAGGUGUUUCCCGCCCAGGGUUCCCAGUGACAGCAGCAAAGGUCCCAGGCCAGAGUACAAUGUUGAGCCCAAGCUGGCUGCCCCUGGGAGGUCCAAUUUUGGGCCAGUCUGGUAUGUUCCUGAUAAGAAGAAAGCACCGUCCUCCCCGCCUCCUCCCCUUCCCCCUCUCCGCAGUGACAGCUUUGCUGCCACCAAGAGCCACGAGAAGGCCCAGGGCACUGUGUUCUCAGAGGCAGCCGUGGCACAGUACUUUACGGCCCUGGCUCAAGCUCAGCCCCGCAGUGACUGGAGACAAGAGCCCACUGAUCGGCCAUGGAGGUCAGCACACCCGGGGAGCCUCGGGAAGGGUUCGGGAGGCCCGGGCUGCUUGCGGGAGGUCCGCGCAGACAGCAACUGGCCGCCCUCCAAGGACACCCUCCAAGGAGCUUCCGGCAGGCUGCAGGCUUCUCUGUCCAGCUCAGAUGUGCGCUUCCCACAGUCUCCUCGUAGUGGCCGCCACCCUCCCCCGUACAGCGCCCACAGCACUCUCUCUGCUGACAGCCUCGGACAGGAGCCAGCGGCUGCCAGCUCCCAGAACGACAGCCCUCCUCAGGUGAGGGGGCUCAGCAGCUGUGACCAGAAGCUGGGGAGCGGCUGGAAGGGCCCCUGGCCGCCCCGUGUGCAGGGAGGCCCACAAGCGGCGCAGCUCCGGGCGGGAUGCUGGCCUUCUGACACAGCCCCCAGGGCCCUCGAGCAUCUUCCCCAGCCCCCGGUGGGCCAGAGCCCACACCGCCACCUACCUCAGCCAGAGGGUCCUCCAGAUGCCUGCGAGAUAGGACAGUGUUACCCUCUGGACACAGGGGCCGAGGGCCGCUCCGUGGGAGCCCAGGAGCCUCCCAGGUUCAGCCGUGGGGAAAAAGCCAGCCAGCGGCCGGCAGCUGGCUUCCCGUGGGCAGACGGGGACAGCAGCAGGAUCUGCCCGCAGGAGACACCCCUGCUGCACUCCCUGACCCAGGAGGGGAAGCGCCAGCCCAAGAGCAACCCAGAGGGCAGCGCCGCCACACCACCACCAUUCGACGGCCAGGUAGGCAAGCCCACCCGGAGAAGCGACCGCUUUGCCACCACCCUGCGGAACGAGAUCCAGAUGCGUAGAGCCAAGCUGCAGAAGAGCCGGAGCACAGUGGCUCUGACUGCAGCAGGCGACUCGGAGAAUGCCACUGGCCACUGGAGGGCCGGGUCGGGAGGUGGCACCCAGGAAGCACCCCUCGCUGGCACCUAUAAAGACCACCUGAAGGAGGCCCAAGCCCGGGUCCUGAGGGCCACGUCCUUCAAGCGCCGUGACUUGGACCCUAGUCCAGCAGACCCGUACCCGGAGUCACUAGAACACCAGAUGGGGGAUCCAGAUGCCGCCCCCCACUUCUGGGAGGCAGGCCCAGCCCAGCCGCCCUCAUCUGCAGGUGGUGGGCCCCACCUGCCCCGCAUUGGAGGCCGGAGGCGCUUCACAGCUGAGCAGAAACUGAAGUCCUACUCGGAACCCGAGAAGAUGAACGAGGUGGGCCUCACAGGGGGCUAUGGUCCUCACCAGCACCCCAGGACGUCUGAGGAUACCAUGGGCACGUUUGCCGACAGGUGGAAGUUUUUUGAAGAAACAAGCAAACCCAUUUCCCAGAGGCCUGCACAGAGGCAGGCUCUUCACGGAGUCUCAAGAGACAAGCCGGAGAGGCCAAGGACAGCAGGUCGCACCUGUGAGAGCACAGAGCCCUGGUCGUGUGCCGCCUCCCUUGGGGAGACCCUCAGCGCUCCCAGCACAGCGGAGAAGGCAGGGCCGUUGGACCCACCACGGAGGCUCGGCACCUUUGCAGAGUAUCAGGCCUCCUGGAAGGAACAGAGGAAGCCUCUGGAGGCCAGGAGCUCUGGGCGCUGCCACUCAGCAGAUGACAUUCUGGAUGUGGGCCUGGACCCACACGAGAGGCCACAGCACGUUCACGGGAGGUCUCGGUCUUCGCCGUCCACAGACCACUACAAACAGGAAGCUUCUGUCGAACCGCGAAGGCAGGCAGAGGACCCCGGCGAGCACAGAGAAGAGUUUCCUUCCGCAGUCUGUGCCGAGGAGGGACAGUCCACGCCAAGACAAGCAGAUGCCCGGUGUCAGGAAGGCAGCCCAGGAUCACAGCAGUACCCACCAAGUCAGAGCGCACCGAACCCACCCGCAUUCUCUGAACUAUCUCACUCCCAGGGAGCCCCAGAGCUGCCCCAGGAGGUCCGAGGACGAGCAGGAACCCUACCUCGAGAUUAUAGAUACUCAGAGGAGAGCACCCCAGCAGACUUGGGACCCCGAGCCCAGAGUCCCGGCUCGCCCCUGCACGCUCAGGGACAGGACUCGUGGCCAGUGAGCUCAGCACUGCUCACCAAGAGGCCAGCCCCACAGAGGCCACCACCACCCAAGCGCGAGCCCAGGAGGUACAGGGCCACAGAUAGCACACCUGCUGACGUUCCCCUGGCUGUCCCCAACAGGCCCUUCCCAACGCCAUCCCCUGCGUCCCUGGACGUGUGUGUGGCCCACCUGUCCCUCUCCCACAGCCCCUCUGUGUUCAGCAGUACCCAGCCCCAGGACACCCCGAAGGCCACCGCCUGUGAGCGUGGCAGCCAGCAUGUGAGCGGGGACACAUCCCGUCCUCUGCCAGAAGCACUGCUCCCUCCCAAGCAGCAGCACCUGCGCCUGCAGACAGCCGCCAUGGAGACCUCGCGCUCCCCCUCACCUCAGUUCGCCCCCCAGAAGCUGACGGACAAACCUCCCCUGCUCAUCCAGGAUGAGGAUUCGACCAGAAUUGAGCGGGUGAUAGACAACAACACCACGGUGAAGAUGGUACCCAUCAAGAUUGUGCACUCAGAGAGCCAGCCAGAGAAGGAGAGCCGCCAGAGCCUGGCACGCCCCGCUGAGCCUCCCGCCCUGCCCCGCGGGCUGGAGAAAGACCAGAUCAAGACGCUGAGCACAUCCGAGCAGUUCUACUCCCGCUUCUGUCUGUACACGCGGCAGGGCACUGAGCCCGAGACCCCACACAGGGCCCAGCCGACCGAGCCCCAGCCCCCAAGCACCCAGGCGCCCCCUGAGAAAGACCGCUGCACCUCCCCUCCGGGGCUCAGCUACAUGAAGGCCAAAGAGAAGACCGAGGAAGACCUGAAGUCGGAGGAGCUGGCCAGGGAAAUCGUGGGGAAGGAUAAGUCCCUGGCCGACAUCCUGGAUCCCAGUGUGAAGAUAAAAACCACCAUGGACUUGAUGGAAGGCAUUUUCCCCAAAGAUGAGCACCUCCUGGAAGAAGCCCAGCAGCGGAGGAAGCUGCUCCCCAAAAUCCCCUCUCCUAGAAGCACAGAGGAGAGGAAAGAGGAGCCCUGUGUGCCUGCGGCUAUGUCCCUGGCCACCAAUUCCACCUACUACAGCACAUCGGCCCCCAAGGCGGAACUGCUGAUCAAGAUGAAGGACCUGCAGGAGCAACAGGAGCGCGAAGAGGAUUCGGGGAGCGACUUGGACCAUGACCUGUCGGUGAAGAAGCAGGAGCUCAUCGAGAGCAUCAGCCGCAAGCUGCAGGUGCUCCGGGAAGCGCGCGAGAGCCUGCUGGAGGACGUGCAGGCCAACACCGUGCUGGGGGCCGAGGUGGAGGCCGUCGUGAAAGGCGUCUGCAAGCCCAGUGAGUUUGACAAGUUCCGGAUGUUCAUUGGGGACCUGGACAAAGUGGUGAACCUCCUGCUGUCACUGUCAGGCCGCCUGGCCCGGGUGGAGAAUGCCCUCAAUAAUUUGGACGACAACGCUUCUCCUGGCGAUCGGCAAUCACUGCUUGAGAAGCAGAGAGUCCUGGUCCAGCAGCAUGAGGAUGCCAAGGAGCUCAAGGAGAACCUGGACCGCCGCGAGCGCAUCGUCUUUGACAUUUUGGCCAACUAUCUGAGUGAGGAGAGCCUCGCGGACUAUGAGCACUUCGUGAAGAUGAAGUCAGCCCUCAUCAUCGAGCAGCGGGAGCUGGAAGAUAAAAUCCACCUUGGUGAAGAGCAGCUGAAGUGCUUAUUUGACAGCCUUCAGCCCGAAAGGGGCAAAUAAGAGCUCGGUCCCCAGUAGAGGAAGGACAUGGGGCCUCCAAGCUCCAGCUCCAUUCCCAAGGAUCCUCGUGAAGACCCCACCCAUGUUGGUGCCCUGGAGAGAGACUCCUCCCAUAGCAAAAGGGCUGUUAGAAAAGCAAUAACUUUUGUGUUUGUGUGGGAUGAUUUAUUUAAUUUUUUAGUUUCCCUUUUGAUUGCUGAGAGCUGUUUUCCUUUACAUAUAACUACACGUGAUGCUAGGCUCUGCCAAAUGGUGAAUUUCCACUGCACGGGCUAUGGGCUGGGCCCAUGGUGCAUGCCGAGUGGUUACUGUCAGUGGGAGACCCGUUGUUCCUCCCGUCUUCAGAUGCUUAGCCAACUGCUUGGACAGCAGCCAGUGCGUCAUGAUGUGCAUGAGAGGGGAGACCCUGGUGCGCAUCUUCUCUUGUGAUUCAUCCAGGCAUGGGUGGCCAGGUUUUGUCCCUGCUCAUUCAACAGCAUGAGCAUUUGUCUGUUAUCUAAUGAUGUUCUCUGACCCAGCAUAAAUCGUGGUGGUGAUGAUGAUGAUAAUUUAUUAGCUUUUUGGAAAGGUGAAUAGUUUCCUAAUGGUUAAAAACCAACUGUGAAAUGAACAGCCUGCAUUGUUGGAUUCACUAAUUCUAAGAUUAAAUUGCCACUUAAAUAAUAUGCAUGCUUUAAAACACACUCACACACCAAGCAGGCAAAUAGCUUUAGUCCGUCUCACCCAUCAUCACAGUUUUUCUGCAAAGUAAAACUUUUUGGUUAAGAGUGUGUCCAGUAAUAAUGUGCUUGUUAGCUGUUUCUCAAGACCAACAGAAUAUUUUUAAAGUUACUUUCCCGCCAUGUUUUUUGUAUGCAUAUGGUUGUCCGUGAUAAUUGGCUACGUUUCCAUUUCUUCCUCCUUAAAUAGUUUAGCAUGGCAUGAGGGCCACAUUCCAUGUACAGGAAGACCCUUCCUCUGGCUCUUCAGAGGUCCUGUGGACUGCACAACUCCUGAGCUUGGUCUUUUUCUGCCAUGAAAUUUAAAGAUUCUGUGCCCAUUUUCUUGAUUGAAGUGGCAGGAUUCUAAAGAGCGCCUGGUUUAUUAAAAGAAAACACUGACAUGCUGUCAAUUUCCAAUUGACAAGUCACAGACUGGGAGAAAAUAUUUGCAAAUUGUGUAUCUGACAAAAGGUUUGUGUCCAGGAUGUACAAAGAACUCUCAAACUGGAUAGUAAAAAAACAAACAGCUCAAGUAAAAAGCAGGCAAAAGACUUGAGACGCUUCACCAAAGAGCAUACACACGUGGCAAACAAGCACACAAAAAGACGUUCAGCCGCCAAUGGCUUGGUUAUAAUUUAUAAUUUACUUAUUUUUAUCUAAUAUAGAUUCAGUGUAUUUCCUCAAAAAAUGUUUAUCUAAUUAAAUGCAUGUUAAUUCUGAGUGAAUCCCUUGGGUGACUUCACGUUUAGGUUGUAUUAGGGCAUUUGUUGGAUCAAUGAUCAUUUUAUUCCCAUAAAAGAAGUUUUCCAGUGGAAUAGAGAUUUCAUUUUGUCAGCAGCAGUGACCACAGCCUUACCAAAGCACACAUGUGUGUGCGUGCACAGAUGCACACACAUAGAUGUCUUAAAAGACUGUAAUCCACAUGUCCUGAGCCAGAGGGGCCACAAUGACGGUAAUGCAUUCCAUAGAGCCACGUCCAAACUGGCAAGCUCAAUGAUGCAGGCAAUAAACCACCUUUUUGGCAGCCUACCGAUGCCAAAAGGAUAAAUGCCCUUCCAAAAGUGUGUAUUUCUGUUAAAUUAAGCUCUUGCUAACUUGGAAAAUCCCUGUUUUGCCAGUGAAGCUUCUUUCUCCUCUCCAGCUGGUAGUCACUUGCUGUGAAUGUUGGUCACGUCUGAAAAGGUGAAACUGGCUGUGCACUUAUCCUCAUCUUUCUCGCCCAGGGAGACAACCCAAGGAAUUUCAGAGCAUUUUGUUUGAUAGAGCUUUUACCUGUUAUUCUUUGCCCUCAAAUACAGUAUUGUGGUUAUUUCGAUGAUGUGUGUAAAAUGUGAAUAAUCCAAUUUGUGUGUCUGUACCCGGCCUUUUGAUGUCUUUAGGACUUUCUCUUCUACAUAGCAAUACAUAGUGCUUGAGCAUCCUUGUAGCAAAUUGCAUAGAGUCACAGCUGUCCUGUCAGUUCCCCUGUUUGCCUCUGAAAUGUCUGGUUAGUGGGGACCCAAAGAUUCUAGUGAGUUAGUGUCCAUAACUCUGUAUCUAGUUGUUAUUAUUCAUAGAAAAGCAAUCUGGUGCUAAUGGUUGGCCCUGGUGUUCUUAGGUGACAGCUGCUCCCUCACCCUGUCGUAGUGAGGCUGUGGAGGGUUCUGCCUAUGGGGUGUGGCCUGUGGCUUGUAUCCUUCAGUCCACUGCAGCAAAUGUGUGUAGAUUUCGUGCUUGACACUUACCACUCACCUAUCAACAGAUCAUCCUGCUUGACUGUAACAAAAUAAAUAGUGUCUCUUCAAGUGAAUGGAGCAUGUCUUUGUUUACCUACCUUAUAGCUUUUGUUAAAAAAAAAAAAAAAAAAAUCCUCACCGUAUGUCAGAUUCUUAAGCCAUCUGAGUAAACCAUGGGAUUGAU